AUGGGAGUAAGAUGUCACUUUGCACAUGGUCAAGAAGAAAUAAGAAAUCCAGCAUUAGAUCCUCUUGUCUAAUAUCCUACAUUAGCUGCUAUAAUGUCUAAUCCAGCUUCUUUAUCAAGUAAAAUGAUAAAAUAAAUGAGUAAAAUUAAUAUACCAAAUGAAUAUAUGGCAAUUGUCUAAAGAGCAGCAGAAAUACUUUAAGUUUAAAAUAUUUAAGGAUGUUCAUAAUUAUUAAAUGAAGUUAUUAAUCGAAAUGA